AUGGGGGACCAACGCUCUUCUUCGGUGCCUCCUGUCGUCAUGACGGAACCGGACUCGACCAUCUCUGCCCUGCGCUACGAGGACACCUUCGCCCUCGCAGACUCUGGAGCCAGCCGAUCUGCCUCGGUUCCUACUCCGCACGACUAUGUGAUAUGUUCAGAGAAGCGAUCGGCGUCAACGAGCGCAUCAUCGUCAGAAAACCACGGGAACAAGUUCGAGUCGGUCGCAUUGGCGUCGCAUCAGAACAGCAGUGCGGAAUCGGGCCUCGCGCCCUCUUCGGCGUCAAUCGCAAAGGAUAAGAGGCUGACGCCGCCGGAGGACAACCAUUCUACGUUCAGCCGGCGGUCAUUGCGCAGUAUCCCCAGUAUCAUUGUCAAUGAUGCUGGGUCGCGCCCCGGGUCUCGGCCUGGAUCGCGGCCGGGCUCUCGACCGGGGUCUCGGUGGUCUGAGCGCAAAUGGAGCGCUUUGAGAGGGAAACGGUCUGGAGAGUUUGACAGGAGGUCGGAGUCACCACCGCCUCCGCCUCCGAUUGAGAGACCAUUCAAUAAGAUCUCGCUUGACAUCCCGAACGGUUCACUUGACGGCCUAGGAGCGCAGUCCAUGCGAUUUUCGAAACGUGGCAGUCUUAUCAAGGAGGAGGAUAGGCAGCGCCUCCAGCGAGAGAUCUCGAAGCAUGAAUUGCCGCAGCAAAACGAGUCGCAGGCAGCGGCAGAGGCUUCAAUGGAACAGCCAGAGCAGAACGAGACGGGUGAAACAAGUGCACCAGCGACUGCAGCGGAGAAUUGUGCGGAGGAGAAUUGUGCGGAGCCAGAACUCCAUGGGGCGCGAAGACGCCGGACGAAGCCAUUGUCGUAUUUGCGAGCGAGGCACAGCAGCGUUCCGAGCAGAGUGAUCUCGGCCGACGAGGACAUGCUCUCGCGCCGAGUCAGAUUGAUGUAUGAGAAAGGCGACGAAAAUGUGACCGAUUCGGAGGUGGCCAAGUCCCUUGCAAUGGAGAAUGGAGUGCUGUGGGAGGAAGUUGCUCCCACUCCAACGGAGGCCUCCGCCGUCUCUGGACACAGCGCGAGUGGUGGGGAGUCAUCGGUUGGGCCUGACAGCAGCAAUGGUUCUGGGCCGAAGAGGGAGCCCCACGAACUGGCCGGUGGUAUUGAAUACUGGCAGAAUAUCAAGGCAGGUGAUGUCGAUCGGUACGGCUUCAUUCGGAGUACUACUUUCAACUCGGCCGACGGCACGGAGCAUAGCCCCAUCCAGCGCGUUUCUACCAGCCUGCUUCUGGCAUCAGAGACACCGCGACGAAAGCAUUCCAUCCGACCUCCGUCAGCCCUGGCGGGCAACCGAUCUUUUUCGGGCCGAUCACCGACACGUAAGAUAUCUGCGCCAUCUAUGCGCCCAUCGUCAUCGCAAAGCACGUACAGUUCCACUCUCCGACGGUCAACGUCUCGAUUCCGCCAGGCGGCUAAUCAUCUUCCGCACAAUCGCGAUCGUCGGUUUAAGGAUGAGGCGCGUGACAUGCUCACACUUCCGAGCGACGUGGCGGCCUCUGGAACGGGACGGGACUCCGCCAUUGCACGCGCGAUGCGCAAGAAAGAGUGGGAGCGUGAGGACAAGUGGACAAAGAUGGCCAAGCCGACGCGGCGAACCGCACUCGGUGGCGGGAUGACUUUUGAAUUCGACACGCAGAGUACCAAGCUGAUCGAGCGGACAUGGAAGGGUAUACCCGACCGAUGGCGCGCAACGGCCUGGUACGCAUUCUUAGAGGCAAGCGCCAAGCGGCGCAGCGACAGCCCGACGGAGCAGGAGCUUGUCGAGGCUUACAACGAAUUUCAGCUCGUCUCGUCCCCUGACGAUGUACAGAUCGACAUUGACGUCCCGAGAACAAUAACCAGUCACAUUAUGUUCCGCCGCCGUUAUCGUGGCGGCCAGAGGCUGUUGUUCCGCGUGCUGCACGCAAUGUCCUUGUAUUUUCCUGAUACUGGCUAUGUACAGGGUAUGGCGGCGCUGGCGGCGACCCUCCUCGCCUACUACGAUGAGGAGCAUGCGUUCAUCAUGCUUGUUCGAUUGUGGCAGCUACGAGGGCUGGAGCGCUUGUACCAAUCUGGGUUCUCUGGGCUGAUGGAAGCCCUUGGUGAUUUUGAACGAGAAUGGCUUGACGCAGGCGAAGUCGCCGCGAAACUAAACGAAUUGGGGAUCCCGCCCACCGCGUACGGCACCCGCUGGUAUCUCACGCUAUUCAAUUACUCCAUUCCCUUCCCCGCGCAACUUCGCGUAUGGGACGUCUUCAUGCUCCUAGGCGAUGCGGAGGAACCGCCCGGCAAAGGAACCACCAAGUCCGAGCCACAAGUCACAAGCGCGUUCGGCCAGGGCCUGGACGUCCUCCAUGCCACGUCCGCGGCGCUCAUCGAUGGGAUGCGGGAGAUCAUCCUCGAGUCGGACUUUGAGAAUGCCAUGAAGGUCCUCACUAGCUGGGUCCCUAUCCAAGAUGUGGAACUUUUCAUGCGAGUCGCCAAGGCAGAAUGGAAAGUUCAUCGUCGCAAGAAGGGGGGAUGA